AUGGAAGACGACAUGGAGUCGGUUGAAGGCCUUUCCAUGCCGGAAUACGUAAGCCACUCUGAUUUUACAAAAGGAUGACGGAAUUGUAGAUGUACAAGAUGUACAAUGGGAAAGGAGCCCAGCCAAGAGUUUACAUUCCAGCCCUGUGUCUAUGGAUGAUAAUGUUUGCGGGAUAUUUUGGGAACACUUUGGUGAUCUUGGCGACCUUCAAAAACAGGUUGGCCUUCCUUUGAUAAUCGACCAAUAACCUCUUAAUUUUUAGCAAACUCCAAGGUAAGCAACAAAUCUAUUUUUCCUAUUUAAUCAGGCUCCUGCAACUACUUCAUUGCCUUUGGCUGCUUUGCCGAUAUAAUCCACAUGUCCGCUCACUGGGUGUAUGUGUACACUACGGUUGUUACUGGUGAAAACUUUAUCCCAUACGAUCGCUGUUUGCAUUAUCAAGGCGUUCCUUUGAUUUUUGUUACUGUUAGUGUUAUCAUGACAUUAUUUGUGGGAAUCGAUCGAUUGGCUUCGGUCACAUUCCCAGUAACCUAUGGUAAAACUAACAAGAAUUUGAUUGCAAUUGGAGGAAUUGUGAUCUCAAUACUCUGCGCACUUUAUUUUGUUGUCGUAUCGGUGAUCCAUUCUUAUUCUGCGGAAGGGAAAAAGUAAGAGAUGACUUGAGCCUGAUUUUCAAUUACAAAAUCUUCAGUCCAGUUCUCUGUGUCAUCGUCAGCGCUCUGGGUGGCCGCGCUUUUUUGGACUGGUUCAAUUUUUGUGUCCUAGUAAACCUAAUCGACCUCGUCAUUUACACAUCUGUAUGGUUAAUUCUUCGAUUCAAAACUGGAAUCAGUGAGGACAGCAAGAAAGUUUUCCGCUCCUUAUUUGCCAUCAUGUUAACAGUAGCCUUUGGAUGGCUAGCCAAUGCGUUCGUUCAAGCAGUGAUCGUCCCGGCUCUUGUGAGGGUUGAAUAUCAAUACGAAGUGAUGGUCUACUUUGGCAUUCCCGUAAAUCUAGCCAGCUCUGGAGGGUUCGUAACCCUUUACAUCUUCAGGUGGGUUCAUCAAUCACUUUUCGGCGCAAUAAUUCAUAGGCUGUAUUUUUAUCUUUUUACAAUUUUAGCCAGGAAUAUCGACGGACAUUCCGAAGACUGCUAGGCCUCGACUCGAAGAAAGGCGGAUCAUUCUCAACCGCGAUUACUCAUACAAGCAAGACCGAAGUGUCAAGAAAAAGCAGUAAUGGAUAA